UGCCUCCUUGGAAUCGACGGUGCCGGCUCCUUGGACCAAUCGUUGACGGAGAACAAAGCCAGACUAACAAAUCUCGCAUCACAACCAACCCGCCCUUAGACUGAUGGAACCUUCCAAGUAGUGUAAACCUCAUUCAUUUUCAACUCUUCUUCUCGUUUUUUAUUUCCCGAUUAUGCUUUGAAAAUAUUGAAUCAGGGUCCACUAAUUACCCUUCAAUAAUGGCAAAGUCUGCUUCUUGUUCUUCUUCUUCUUCCUUCUUCUCCCAAUUCAAAGACAGCGACUUUAUUCAUAUUUUCAUUGUUUCUAGCCUACCCUCUUUUACUUCUUCCAUACCCAUCAUAUUCUUGUUGAAUUUGUUUACACCCUUGUGCAAGUUCUCCAUUGCUUCACCACAUCAUUAUACCCAGUUGGCUUCUUUACCUUUCCAUCAAUUUAUGCUUACCUUGUUGUGGAGGGAACAAGAAUCUUUGGGGUGUAUGUGAAUUGGGUAUUUACAUAGACCCCAAUAUAUAGUUAUAAUCAGUUUUGGAGUUCACUUGUGUUUGAUAAAAGAGGCCAAUCAGUUUUGCUGUAAUGGCUAGGCGUUACGCAGAAUCGUUGUCGUUUGGAGGGUUGUCGUUUGGAGGGUCGGGACAUAUUCAGGGACAACAACUUGUGCCGUUUCGGACAGGCAGCGUAUCUCGGAAGCUUGAGCUACUCCAUGGGAACUUGGUUAUAUUGGUCAAGGAGGCCAAAAACCUUCCUAACAUGGAUGCGUUUCACAAGACUCUGGGGGAUAUUGUUGCAAGAUUGCCUGGGACUGGUAACAACAAGAUAACGAGUGAUCCGUAUGUCACUGUGUCGGUUGCAGGUGCUGUGGUUGGGAGGACUUUUGUGAUCAGUAAUAGUGAGAACCCUGUUUGGGAGCAACAUUUUGAUGUUCCGGUUGCGCAUUAUGCUUCAGAAGUGCAAUUCGUUGUGAAAGAUAGUGAUGUUGUGGGUUCACAGCUCAUAGGUGUUGUAGCAAUCCCAGUUGAGCGAGUAUAUUCUGGGAUGAAAGUUGAGGGCACCUUUCCAAUCCUUGGUUCCAAUGGGAAGCCCUGUAAGCCUGGAGCUGUUUUGACCUUAUCGAUUCAGUAUGUUCCUAUUGAAAAAUUGACCUUUUAUGAUAAUGGGGUAGGUUCAGAUCCUGAUCAUCAAGGGGUUCCUGGUACUUACUUUCCUGUUAGGAAAGGCGGUAAAGUUACUCUGUAUCAAGAUGCCCAUGUCCCUGAUGGUUGCCUUCCAAGUAUCAAGCUUGACGGCAAUGUUGAGUAUGAGCAUGGGAGUUGUUGGCAAGACAUAUUUGAUGCAAUUAGUCAGGCCCGUCGUUUGAUAUACAUUGUGGGGUGGUCCGUGUACCACAAAGUUAGGUUGCUACGGGAUAAUAAUGGUACAACAGAUUGCAUAUUAGGUGAUCUUCUUAAGAACAAGUCACAGGAAGGUGUGAGAGUGUUGCUUCUUGUUUGGGAUGAUCCAACUUCAAGGAGCAUUAUGGGAUAUAAAACGGAUGGAAUUAUGCAAACCAAUGAUGAGGAAACUCGCCGUUUCUUUAAGCAUUCUUCAGUCCAAGUGCUACUUUGCCCUCGAUCAGCUGGAAAGGGUAGCUGGGCCAAAAAGCAGGAAGUCGGAACAAUCUACACCCACCAUCAGAAAACAGUGCUUGUUGAUGCUGAUGCGGGUCAUUCUAAAAGAAAGAUUAUUGCAUUUGUUGGUGGUCUUGAUUUGUGCCUGGGGCGCUAUGAUACUCCAGAGCAUCCUAUUUUUAGGACUUUACAGACAGUCCACAAGGAUGACAAUCGUAACCCUACUUUUUCGGACCGUGUUGUUGGUUGUCCAAGGCAGCCAUGGCAUGAUUUGCACAGUAAAAUUGAGGGUCCAGCAGCAUACGAUAUCCUUACCAAUUUUCAGGAGCGUUGGUUAAAAGCUUCAAAACCACGUGGGAUGCAGAAACUAAAAGCUCUACAUGAUGAUGCAUUACUCAAGAUUGAGAGGAUCCCGGAAAUUAUGGGGAUGGCAGAUCUUCCUCAACUGAGUGAGGAUGAACUAGAAGCUUGGGAUGUUCAGGUUUUUCGUUCAAUUGAUUCCAAUUCUGUGAGAGGAUUUCCAGAAGACCCAAAAGAUGCUUCACGCAUGAACCUGGUGUGUGGGAAGAAUGUGCUGAUAGAUAUGAGUAUACAUGCCGCAUAUGUCAAAGCAAUUCGCGCUGCUCAACAUUUCAUUUACAUAGAGAACCAGUACUUCCUUGGAUCAUCAUAUAAUUGGACCUUAUACAAUGAUUUAGGUGCAAAUAACUUGAUACCAAUGGAAAUUGCUCUCAAAAUUGUGAAUAAAAUUAAAGCAAACGAGAGGUUUUCUGUAUAUAUUGUUAUCCCCAUGUGGCCGGAAGGUGUUCCUACAAGCAGUCCUCUUCAACGAAUUCUCUGUUGGCAGCAUAAAACGAUGCAAAUGAUGUAUGAAAUGAUUUACAAAGCUCUACAGGAGGCUGGACUUCACAAUAAAUAUUGUCCACAAGACUAUUUGAAUUUCUUUUGCCUCGGUAAUCGUGAAAAACCAAGUGGUGAAGAAAGUUCUGCUGCAAAAAAAUUAACUGAAGCAAACAAAAAAGAAGCAAACACUCCUCAAGCACUCACUCGGAAGAACCGGCGCUUUAUGAUUUAUGUCCAUUCAAAAGGAAUGAUAGUGGACGAUGAAUAUGUCAUAUUAGGAUCUGCAAAUAUCAAUCAGCGAUCCAUGGAAGGUACGCGAGAUACUGAAAUAGCAAUGGGGGCAUAUCAGCCUCAUCAUACCUGGGCAAGGAAGCUCUCAAGUCCACACGGACAGAUAUAUGGAUAUAGAACAUCACUUUGGGCGGAGCAUAUUGGUUUUCUUGAAGACUCUUUCAACCAACCAGAGAGUCUCGAAUGUGUGCAGCGGGUAAGAUCUUUGAGCGAGCAGAACUGGAGGCAGUAUGUUGCUGAUGAGAUUACAGAAAUGAAGGGCCACCUGCUGAAAUAUCCGGUUGAAGUAGAUCAAAUGGGCAAGGUGAAGCAUCUUGCAGGCUGUACAACAUUUCCAGAUGUUGGUGGCAACAUACUUGGGGAUUUUAUAGCCAUCCAAGAAAAUCUCACUAUCUGAUUCAAUCAAUCAACUCCUGUACAGUUUUACGUCCAAGUGAAAGUAUACGUCUGCCUCAACCGUUGGUCAUACAAAUAAACAACAAGUCUUGAUCCAAUUACACAUCAACUUGUCCAUUUUUUCUUUUACACCAGAAGCAGAAUUUGAACCUAGAAUAUACUUGGUAGAGGUUGGUUGACUUGUGGACAUGAAGUUUGGAAAUAAAUGUUGUGAUCUGUGAAUAUAAAUUGCCUAGAUUUUCUUGCCCCGCA